AUGUCUCUCAGAACACAAACACAUUCCGGUGUUCAGUCCAGAUCCUCUACAAGAAGGGGUCAUGAAGGUCACUCCAAUCACGUUGAUCCAGAAGAAGAGCAUCCUGAUUCAUCAAGACGGCAUCGCAAAACGGGAGAGAAGCGCAUUUCGCGUCAUGGGAAACGGCAUAGAUCUUCUUGGAUGCAUUUUGGUGGACGAACCGAGCCGCUGGUGUUGUUGACGACAGUGACAAAGAGUAACCAGCCAGCCUCGUAUACAAGACAUCACAAUCCCGAAUCACCUAGGCAUACAACACAAGACACAGGUCUGUCAAAGAGUUCAACCAACUCCAGCACACGUAGGUCACAGAAAAAGACACCUACUAGCAGUAUACUUUCGUUAUUCUUUGGUCCUGUAACCCCCCAACCAGCAAAGUCAGUCAAGCCGGUCAAGAAAAUAACCUGCAUAAGCUGUUUGUCAGACGACAUACCAGCCAUAAAAGCGGGAAAACUGGCAUGUUCCCAUUACAUGUGCUAUUCAUGUCUUCGACGACUGUUCACUCUGUCCAUGACCGAUCCCCAGCAACAUAUGCCGCCCAGAUGCUGUACUCAGGACCACAUCCCGAGUAAGUAUAUUGAGCUUCUAUUUGAUCGCGAUUUCAAGAUCAAAUGGAACUCGAAAUACGAGGAAUACACGGCAAAGGACAGAUAUUACUGUCCCUCUCAGCGUUGCGGGAAAUGGAUCAAACCAAGCAAUGUCAUCAAAGACCAACACGGGAAGCCAAAAUAUGGGCGAUGUUCUCACUGCAGGAUAAAAGUAUGUUGCAUUUGUCGCGGUAGAUGGCAUGGUAGUCGGGGAGAAUGCCCCAAGGACGAAAAUGUCCAGAAACUAGAAGCAAUGGCCAAGGAAAACGGCUGGCAGCGAUGCUACAAUUGCUCUUCGAUUGUGGAGCUGAAAGAUGGCUGUAACCACAUGACAUGCAGAUGCAAGGCUGAGUUCUGCAUGAGAUGUGCCGCGAAAUGGAAGACGUGUGAUUGUCCAUGGUUCAACCAUGAUGUCCCUGAACAUGAGCAACCGGUCGAAUUUGACGAAGCUGCUGUUUGGUAUACUGACAGUGACGAUGGUGAUGAUGAAGACGUCAACGGCUGGAUACGACGUGUGGUUGGUGAGCCUGCAUAUCGUCGACAAGAAGACUUUGCGCAGCAAUAUAUUCUGCAUCAAGUCAUUCGUUAUCGGAAUGAGUUUCACCCGGGAAUAAUGGAAGCGGAGGCUCAACCGCAUCCAGGGUUAGAGCAGGCUCGGUAUAUACGGUGGCAUGCCAUAAGAUAG